CCAUUGCCCACUAGCCAAAAAUGCAAAGCCCCCAUUACCCCCAUUUUAAAACAAAACACUAAAAAAGAAAAGUGUAGCAGAGUAUAUAUAGAAACAGAUAAUUGUAUAUAUAUAUAUAAAUUUGUAUAGAGAGAGAAAGAGAAACCCUAAUGGCGGAGUUGGCGAAGAGGGAGACGGUUGGUAACGGCGGCGUGGAGGAUGAGGAGGCGGCGAAGUUAUUGGAAGGAGUAGCAGUGUUGGAUUUCGAUGUGCUGUGCUCGACGGUGGCUAUGCAGACGCAAGGGAAAGCCAUAAAAUUGAACAGUAAUGAUGAAUACGAGGAGGGUGGAGGAGAAUUUGGGGGUGGAGUUCUGAGGAUGUGGGAAGGUGAACUUCUCCAUUGCUUCGAAGAUCAUCGCAUCGCUCUCCAAUCCACCUGUUGUCCAUGCUCUCGAUUUGGGAAAAACAUGCGUAGAGCUGGUUUUGGUUCUUGCUUUCUUCAGGGAAUGAUUUACUUCAUUCUAGCUGCUACUGUAAUUUUCAACUGCAUAGCUUUCAUUGUCAGCAAGAGACGCAGCUUUUUGUAUUUGUGUGUUGCAUUUACCAUCUCACUUGGAACAUAUGUGGGAUUUUACCGUACACAGAUCAGGAAAAAAUUUAACAUCAGGGAUACUGAUAGUUCUUUGGAUGACUGUGUCUAUCAUCUGAUUUGCCCCUGCUGUGCAUUAUGUCAGGAGUCCAGAACUUUGGAGAUGAACAACGUCCAAGAUGGCACUUGGCAUGGUCGGGGUGACACAAUUUGCAUAGGAGGCUUUGGUGAAGGUAGCAAGCCAUGCUUUCAGCUACAUCCACCUCCUGUUAUGUCAACAAAGUCUCCUGAACCCAACAGCAUGCAAAAAACUACAAAUGCUAGUGAUCAUGCAUGGACUCCAGAAGUUUCACAUUCUGUGCUUUUGGUCCCACCAUCCAGGUAGCAGCUACUUCUCUGAAUUGUGUCGACUUCCAGACAAACAAACUUCUGCAGAUUGCAUCGGAUAAACUCCAUUACAUCCGGUAUGUUGGGGGGGUAAUCGACUUGGACUUGGAGCAAUGCUGCUUGGCCAUAGAGCUGUGCUUUUUCCAGUUUCGGAACGGGUAACAUGUUGCAAAAAAACUGCCGUGAGUAAGAUGACUGUAGUUUGAUGUGAAUAAGGAAAAUAGUGUAUUUAUUGAAGCAUUGGGGUGAUUAGAACAGCCCCUGUUUUCAGGUCAUUGUCAGUCAAGAAUAAUGGUGGAAAUGCAUCAUUAUUGUUGUGUUAAUAACAAUAGGAAUUUAGGUUAUUUGGUCUAGUUUAGUUGGCUAGGGCUUGAAUCAUACUACUGAAUGAUAUUGAGUCCAUUCGUCCCUCUAUGCAAAUUGGCUUGGGAAAGAAAUUCACAUUUGCAUUAUUUGUUUA